AUGAGUUAGCAAAAUUUCUUCUCUCACUGUCUAGAGUAGGGAUGGGCAACUUUGGUCCUGGAGGGCCACCGUCCUGCAGAGUUUAGUUCCAACCCUAUAAACACACCUGCCUGUAACUUUCCAGUGAUCUUGGAGAAAUUGAUUAGCUUGUUUAGGUGUGUUUGAUUAGGGUUGAAGCUAAACCGAAGUUGCCCAUCCCUGCUCUUGACAGUUACAGAUAGCGUACUGUGAUUGAAUGCUUUUACUCUAAUAAAGAAACCACCCCUUCAUAUUGCUAACUCAUGAUGAAUAGCAUCGAGUGUUUUAUAUAAAACUUCGUGCUGGGCAUUGCUAAAAGAAACAAACAGCGAAAUCUUCAGUCUGGGUUCAUCGACAUAAGGAGUCAGAUUUCAGCCUUUCGUUUUCUCACAGCAAAAUAAAUCCAAGGUUCAACGGUGCGAUGGCGAAUGAAGCAAAGCCCUGCCCUUGUGACAUCGGCGACAAGAUUGACUAUAAAGGUCUUGGAGAGGAAGUUCAAAUCGAGCACAUUAAAGCUUAUGUGGUGAAGCCUGCGGUAUCAGAGAAGGCUAUUAUUGUAAUUCAAGACAUCUAUGGAUGGCAGCUUCCAAACACUAGAAUGAUGGCUGACAUGCUUUCAGCCCAAGGAUACAUUGCUAUAUGUCCAGAUUUCUUUGUUGGAAAAGAGCCGUGGAAUCCAUCUCACGAUCUGAAGUCCACCUGGACAACAUUUCAGCAGUGGCUUGAGGACAGAAAGCCUACAGACAUCAAAAAGGAAGUGGAUGUCGCAUUGAGGUACCUGAAGAACAAGUGCGGUGCGAAGCACAUAGGUGUUGUUGGCUUCUGCUGGGGUGGUGUUGCGACACACUAUGUUGCACUUCAGUAUCAGGAAAUCAAAACCGCUGUCUCUGUCUAUGGUAUCGUUAGAGACCGAGAGGACACGUAUGAUCUCAAGUGCCCAACCUUCUUCAUCUUUGCGGAAAAGGAUGAAUACAUUCCACUUGAUCAGGUGACUAUACUAGAGAAAAGACUGAAGGAAAAGUGCACUGCUAAAUACCAAAUGAAGAUCUUCCCAAAACAGACACACGGGUUUGUCCAUCGCAAGAGAGAAGACAUUAACCCAGAUGAUAAACCUUAUAUAGAGGAGGCCAGGAGAGACAUGAUCAACUGGUUUAACAAGUACAUGUAAACUGCAACUGCAGUGAAGGUUAAACAUUCUUUAAUGACAAAGUCUGAUGAUAAAAUCAAUUAUUGUGAUGACUUCAAAUCUAUUUGAAAAUUAUGUCUGUAUUUUUUGAAUGAUGGCAUUUUUUGAACUCUUUUGAAAAAUUGAAUGUAACUUUCAGAAAGUGUUACGUUCCAAUAAGGGUCUCGAUCACACGCUGUUGCAGAUUUAAGACAAAUUACAGUCAAAUUAUAUUUUUGUAUGUGUCAGUUUUAAGACUGAACCCAUUACAUGAAAAUACAAGA